UAGGUCCUUUUCGUUUCAUCGUUCUUUAGCUAAUUGUAACACGUGUCAAAAAAAAAGUACGGUCAACAAUUAAUAUAACGUUUAUCAUUAAUAUAAGUGCAUAAUAAGAAGAUUGGUUGAGAGCCAUGGAACAUCAAGAAAUUCGCUACUGCUCUCACUUUCUUGAGAGAAAGGGAAGGUUCUGCAAGAUGAAAGCUCUUCCGGGUUUAUUAGUGUGUGGAGAGCACUGCCCUCUAGAAGUUGAGGAAUGCAAUAAAGGAAAAAGGAUCCAGUGUCCCCUCGAUGGAUCUCACACAUGUUUUGCCAAAAAGUUAGAAAGUCACUUGAAGAAAUGCAAUGCUAGGAAGAAAGAACUUCCUGUGUAUUACAGUACAAAUGUUAACUCAGGACACGCAAGUCAACCAGUUGAAAAGGUAAAAUUAUUUGUGAUAUCCUUUUCUUUUUGA